AUGUCCGCGCAAGUUCUGGGAUUUUUACGCAACUGGGCCCCCUUGCCCCUGGCAGCCCCGCGGGAUUUGGCAGCCGCAGGGAAUGACGCGGGCGCCCCGACAGCCUCGGCCCGGGGCGGGGAGGGCGAGCCCUAUAACCAGUCCCGAGACGCCCGCCUGGGCUGCACCGAUAAGGAGCUGAAAGCAGGAGCUGCUGCCAACGACAGCGCCCCGACAGCGCUGGGGACCCCCUGGCAGAGGAAGGCGUGGGUCGAGGUUAUGGACCCAGCUGAGAGCCCUCCGUCUCCCCUGGGCCGGAUCCCAAAUCCCUGCCGUGUGCUGGUGCUGCUGAACCCGAGAGGCGGCAAGGGCAAAGCACUGCAGCUGUUCAGGAGCCAUGUACAGCCCCUGCUGACCCAGGCUGAUGUGUCCUUUACGCUGAUGCUCACUGAACACCGAAACCAUGCUCGGGAGCUAGUGCGUGUGGAGGAGCUGGGCCGCUGGGACGUGCUGGUGGUCAUGUCUGGGGACGGGCUGAUGCACGAGGUGGUGAAUGGACUCAUGGAAAGGCCUGACUGGGAGACGGCCAUCCGGAAACCCCUGUGUAGCCUCCCUGCUGGCUCUGCCAAUGCGAUAGCUGCCUCAGUGAACCAUUAUUCAGGGUAUCAGCAGGUGACUAACGAGGAGCUCUUGACGAACUGCACACUCCUGUUGUGCCGCCGGCUGCUGGUACCCAUGAACCUGCUGUCUCUGCACACAGCCUCGGGGCUGCGCCUCUUCUCUGUGCUCAGCCUGGCCUGGGGUUUCAUCGCAGACGUGGACCUGGAGAGCGAGAAGUAUCGACUCCUAGGCGAGAUACGCUUCACCCUAGGUACCUUCCUGCGUCUGGCCUCCCUGCGCACCUACCAGGGCCGGCUGGCCUACCUACCAGCCGGAGGGGCCAUCUCUAGGAUGUCCACCUCCCCUCCUCUGGACCACAGGGGCCCCGUGAACUCACUCCUGGUGCCGCUGGACCAGCCGGUGCCCACCAACUGGACGGUGGUGCCUGAGCAGGACUUCAUCCUGGUGUUGGUACUGCUGCACUCCCACCUGGGCAGUGACAUGUUCGCGGCCCCCAUGAACCGCUGCGAGGCUGGAGUCAUGCACCUGUUCUACAUGCGGGCUGGUGUGUCCCGGGCCACGCUGCUGCGGCUCUUCCUAGCCAUGGAAAAGGGCAGGCACAUGGAUUACAACUGUCCCUACCUGGUGUACAUGCCCGUGGUGGCCUUCCGCCUGGAGCCCAAGGACGGGGGUGGCGUUUUUACUGUGGACGGGGAGCUGAUGGCCAGCGAGGCAGUGCAGGGCCAGGUGCACCCAGACUAUUGCAGGUUGGUCAGCGGCUGCUCGGAGACCUUGCCCAGCCAGCAGCCUCCACCGCCGCCAGAACCACAGGAGUCCUUGUGA